AUGUCGCCCUCGACUCUCGGAAUCGCUUCAACAGUCGCCGGAAUCACAUCACGAGUCGCCGGAUUUUCGCCUCCAAAAAGAGAGAAACGACUCUUCGCUUUCUAUGUGAUUACGGUGUUAAAAGCACUUGCUCCGAAGUAUAUGGCUAAACCCGGGCUUGGAGUGCCUACAAAAAUAAAAGACAGCACACGAUUUUAUUCUUAUUUUAAGGACUGUGUGGGGGCUAUUGAUGGAACUCAUAUCCUUGCAAUGAUAACAGGACAAGACUCGGCUAGCUACCGUAAUCGUAAAGGAAAACUAUCACAAAAUGUGUUGGCUGCAUGUAAUUUCAAUUUAGAAUUUACAUACAUUCUUAGCGGUUGGGAAGGUUCAGCUUACGACACAAAGAGAAUGUUUCUUCCGGAAGAAGAUGGGAAUAAUGAGGAAGAAAAUGAUGUUGAUGAAAGAUAUGAUGAUGGGAAUAAUGAGGAAGAACAGCUUCAUGGUACUCAAGAACAACAAAGAGUGCUUGCUAAUAACUGGAGAGCAAUUAUAGCGGCAACCAUGUGGACAUAUGCUAUAAAUAUGGGGUCAUGA